GUGGCGCAUGUUGUGAAGGACAGUUUUACCAAAGGAAGAGAUGUUUUAUCUACGACUAUUUCAUGGCAGUAUUUGUGCCUGAGAUCCUCAUCUCCAGGGAACAGAAAUGGAGCACAAACUUCUGCUGCCAAUCGUUUUAGCAGCAAGCCUCCUCUCACUUGAGCUGUCAGGGGCCUCAGCUACAGAAAUAAAAGCUCAAGGGAAGAACACCUCGGAUGUGACACCAGCAGGGCAGUGUGGGACCUGGGUAAAGGAGCCUGAGUGGGGGUAUUUCACGUCUCCUAACUACCCUCAGAAAUACCCUCCUGAGAGGGAAUGUGUCUACAUCAUAGAAGCCUCUCCCCGACAGUGCAUCGACUUGUUCUUCGAUGACAAGUACUCCAUCGAGCCGUCCUGGGAGUGCAAGUUCGACCACAUCGAGGUCCGUGACGGGCCGUUCGGUUUCUCCCCCAUCCUCGGCCGCUUCUGCGGGGAAGACAGCCCGGCCAGUGUCCGCUCCAGCGGGAGGUACCUGUACAUCAAGUUUGUGGCGGAUGGUGAGCUGGAGGCCAUCGGAUUCUCCGCCCGGUAUAACUUUACCCAAGAUCCAGAGUUCAAGGGGCUUGGAGAACUGCCACCUCUGCCAAUAUGUGAGUUUGAGAUGAGCGGUCCGGAAGGCUAUGUGGAAUCCGUACAGAUAACCGGGGAGGGCCGAGCGCUGCCCACUGAGGCUGUGGACUGCCGGUGGUACAUCAAGGCUCCGCCGAAAUCAAGGAUCUACAUGCGCUUUCUGGAGUAUGAGAUGCACAACUCUAAUGAAUGCAAGCGGAACUUUGUUGCCAUCUACGAUGGCAGCAGUUCUGUUGAACACCUGAAGAAUAAAUUCUGCUCCACUGUGGCCAAUGAUAUCAUGCUGGUGUCCUCGGUGGGUGUGGUGAGACUGUGGGCAGACGAGGGAAGCAGGAAGAGCAAAUUCAGGAUCCUCUUCACAACUUUCCAUGAGCCUCCGUGUGACGCUGAAACCUUCUUUUGCCACAGCAACAUGUGCAUCAACCGCACCCUGGUCUGCAACGGAAUCCAGAACUGCGUCUACCCAUGGGACGAGAAUCACUGCAAAGAGAAGAGGAAAGCCAGCAUCCUGGACACACUGGAUAACACUAACAUCACCAUCAUUACGGUGACCUGUGGCCUGGUCGUCAUCCUACUCGUCAUCUCGGUCAUCAUCCAGGUCAAACAGCCACGCAAGAAAUACAUCAUCCGCAGAGAUGACUUUGACCCUGCCCUCCUCCACCCUGGCUUUGAGCCCCCCCACUACGAACUCUGCACUCUGCGCCGCGACCUGUCCGGUGACCUGACCGAUGCCGCCAUGGCCGAGGACUACGAGAAGCACCACAAGCUCCGCCGCUCCUCCUCCAAGUGCAUCCGCGACCACCACUGCGGAUCCUUCCAAGGAAGCUUCCACGGCAGCCGCAGCAACCUGAGCGGGAGGGACGCCACCGUCGCGGCCGAGCCGCAGGCGAUGGUGGGCCAGCAGUCACCGGGCCUCCCCCAGCCCGCCGCGGCGACGGGACGAAGGAGCAUCCUGGUGAUGAAGCAUAGCUAUUCUCAGGACGGGGCAGAAGGGUACAGGGCGGAGGAGGAGGAUUCGAUGGUGGAUGAUUGUCCCGCCAACAGCCUGCACCACAUGCACCACCACCAGAUACACAGAGGCUUGUCGGGGCUGGACCACGCUGUCCACCGUACACUUUCUAACGACUUCUAAUAAGGCGACAAAUAAAGAUGUAGGUUCAGCUUGUUAGGGUUUCUGUCACAAAUAAAAUGAAAGUUUUACAUUGCAACAUGAAUAGGGUGGACUGGAGCUUUAUCUAUAAUAAAAUAUUCCUCUGUCUAAGAGUUUAGGUGCAACUGUUGCUUUGGAUUGGGAGUGUCGGGAAAUUAACAGUUGGGAUUUGACAUUUCAGCUCCUGCUAUGCCCCUUGUUUAUAUUGAAAAUGAUUUUAUGAAUGAUGUCUUGUAGUGUUUUCUCUAUGUUUGGACAUCAUGACACCACCCAAGGAAAGAACAUGUUGCCAUUCUCAGGCCAUUCCACUUCCAUCAACAAACUCCUUGUUGUGUUGACCAUUACUUCAAAUAAUAUAGGCAUAUAUUGCAUGUUGCUGUGUCAAUUGAUAUAUUAUUUAUUGAUUUUUUUGUUUUAAUGUGUUUAUUAAUUAUUGUUUUUUGUGUAAGAUUUGUCCCUUUUUUCUUGGUGUCUGUCUCUUAAUAUUUUCAUUAAACAUAUUUGUCUUCUUCUAGUCUGGAUGGCCGG